AUGUACGAUAGAGCGCCCAACUAUGCAGGUGCCUCGGUCGACGCGCCAGUUCCAAUGGCACAAUCUUCAAUAUGCGAGUCCAAGUAUCUUGUCGUGAAGGAACCAAUGGCUGAAGUGUCAAAACUCUCUUAUAUGACGAGAAAGAAGGGCCAAGACGAGAUUCAGGGUCUAAAAGUAAACGACGGAAGCCCCGGUCUUGACAUGCAGGAGGCAUGGUGA